CUAUCAAUGGAAUACUGCUAAAACGGGAAUGCAAUAAAAUGUGUAAAUGGGCAGUGAACGAACUUUGGUCUCAUAAAGUCUUCCCUUAAGUCAUGAUUGAACACCCCCAACUGCUGCUCGACCCGAGACUUCUUCUCUCUCCCUCGUUCUUUCUAGGAACUCGAACAUGUGUGGAUAUAGUACGUAUUUAUAGUCCAAUACGGUGUUCCCCAAACACACACACCGACAGACUCUCGCUGAGGAAUUACAAGUGAGAUCUACGUAGCUCUACGUAUCCGUAGCCAGCCCACAAAGUCCAUUCAUUUGUCGAUCGGACUUCUUGGCUGACGCAACGAAUAGUCGCGCUCGCAUCGCAUCGCAUAAAACUUGGAUUUUUUUUUGUAUGGGGCUGAAAAGCGGGACAAAGAUCCUAGACAAAAUCAAUACAAAAGUGAAGUGUGGUCGUUGUCCAAAGGACGCAAAGAAAGUCCUCAUAGUGAUCCAAUAAAAGUACUAAUAGUGAAGUAAAGAAAGUUUUUUUUUUUUACUAAGCCAAAGUUAUAAGGAGUUCCUUCAAAAAUGUUACCAUCAUGCUAUUCGAAUGGUUCGGUUUUGCCUGAUAACGAGGACCUGGUCAACUCUCUGCUGGCCAAUCCCGAGUAUCUUCGGACCAGUGCCAAUCCACUUGGCACAAGUGCCGUCGGGAUGGAUAGUCUCAUGUGUAGCUCGUUCCCAUCGGCCUUUUACUACCAGGGCAUCGACAACUUCCUAGCUCUGCACAAUAAUAUCUGGACUCUGCCCAUAUCCUUCCUGCACAACACCCAUCGGCCGGAAAAGCCACCGUUCUCCUACAUUGCUCUCAUCGCGAUGGCCAUUAGCAGUGCACCCAAUCAGCGUUUGACCCUCAGCGGCAUCUACAAGUUUAUCAUGGAUAAAUUCCCCUACUAUCGGGAUAACAAACAGGGCUGGCAGAACUCCAUCCGACAUAAUCUAUCGCUGAACGACUGCUUUGUGAAGGUGCCGCGAGACAAGAACACCAUCGAUGACAAUGAUAGCGCCGGAAAGGGCAGCUACUGGAUGCUGGAUGCCUCCGCCUCGGACAUGUUCGAGCAGGGUAACUACCGUCGACGUCGGACCCGGAGGCAGAGGCAUUGCACCAACGCCAGUCGCUAUGAACGGGAUGCGGGCAAGGAUGCUACGGAUGGCAGCAGUACGGCGGAAAUCAGAUCGCCCAGCGACUCGCUGAACGACUUUGAUAUCUUCUGCAACGAGAGGCCGAACUACUCGGAUCGCAUCACGGAUCUGCACCGUCAGUACUUAUCCGUAUCCCUUGGCUUCAAUAGCCUGUUUAAUGGCGAGGCAAGUGGGGUGCGCCAACUUCCAGGCGCUUCCACGGUGGUUAGAGAAUCCAACGCAGACGUCGACGCCGAGGUGGAUGGCGAUGCAUCCACGGACAGUCCGUGCUCCAGCUCCAGCAAGACAGCUCAGAACAUCCCGGAUAGUGCAUCGGCCCUGCACGAUGAAUUACAUUCCCCGAGCGCCUUCACGCCGACCCACAACCACCGGCUCCCAGGACUAAGCGAUGCAUUUAAGGGGCUCCAACAUCUGAUGCCCAGCAAUACAGCUCCAGCACCUGGCACCGGAACAACAGCAGCCAACAGCCGAUCAAAGACGACGUUAUUCACAAUCGACAAUAUUAUUGGCAAGCCCUGAAUGGUGGAAUAUGGUUGUUAAGAAUAGCAUAGCAUUAAGUACUUACACGUAAUCCAAUCCAUUAUCACCGUGCAAUGAUUAAAACUGAUAUGAGUUACA